AUGCGUCGCUGCUUUUUACCAGAAAAUUGGAUUGUUCACUCGCCUGAAGGAGGUUAUUUGAGAGGACGACGAGCUUCAGCCGAAUCGCAGCGAUACAUCCGCUUUUUUGAACUACAAAAUCCCGAGUCUGCAGGUCAAAUUCAACAUGCCCAAUGGGCAAUUGGAGAAGCUCAUGUUGAAGACUGCGGAUAUAGACUCGAUGGAUUAUGGCAAAGAUCGCCUCCCCUUUGCCCUUUGGCAAUUGAAUAUAUGGGGUGUUACUAUCACGGUUGUCCCAAAUGCUUCCCAAUACGUGACCAACGUUUAGCAGCUGGUCGUACAGCUGAAGAGCUUUUUGAGAGAACCCAACAACGCCUAUGGGAAUUGGAGCAUCAACAUGGAUAUCAACUACAUGUUGUCUGGGGACAUGAGAUUAAAGAAAAGCUGAUUAACAACACACAAUUACAAAGAAAAUGGUUUGAAAUUGACUGUGUUCGGCCUAUGGAUCCCAGAGAAGACUGCCUUAGAGGAGGAAGGACAGAACCCUUCAAACUUCAUCACAUGUGUGCUGAAGAUGAAGAGAUCCUCUACAUCGAUAUUUCUCUACCCUUAUGUUAUGAAGGCAAGAUCUUUUCCUAUUGAACAUCCAAAUGUCUUGACUCGUGAAACAUUGCUUCUUCCACCAAACAACCCUUUGCCUUGGACA